AGUUGAUCUAGGUGCAGGUGCUAACUAUUGCGUCAUGUCUUGACACCUGUCUCCGUUUGGCAUUCUGUUCUAUCUCUUUGUUUAUUUGACAAGACCGGUUCUUUCACUGAUAAUUACUAAGAAAAUUAACGAACAAUCUGUCGCCUGUACGUUAAAACAAUCUGUUCAUUUACGUUAAGCCAUGUUGAUUUGAUAAUAUCAAGGACGUUAUAUAUAACAAUUUGUGUAAACGUGGAUGCAAAUGAUGACGAUAUUUUUCUCGGAGUUACUGAUAAAACGUUGUCUGCAAUGUUCUGAAUAGAUUGCAUCAAUUUUGACAGCGCUAUAACAGGAAAAGCACACACGUAGUCUCUCACUUUUAUAUUUUGCCAUAUUCUAAAGGUUGCAGCGAUUGCGGCUUUAUCAUGGUAUUCCUUGACAGAAAGUUCCCGACUUUGAAACGUCUUUCAAAGCAAAAUAAAACCGACUUAUUAGACGCUAGAAAAACAAAAGAAACCUACGUAGGUUACCCGUGGUUAAUGAUAUGCAAAUGUAAGCCGUACAGACAACAAAAGGUAUUAAAUGACAAUGAAGUUUAUUGCAUAUAUUAAAAUUGGGAGGUAGAACCGGUUUCAGACUUUGCGAUAUAUUUGGGUCGUGCGAUCUGUCGACGUAUUUUCGAGAAUUGAAAACAUACAUUCACUGUGCCAUUCCAAGGAGGUAACAUGGACUUCUUCUGACAUUCUCAACUGACCAGGAUUCUGGGAUGACUUGGCGGUAUGCUUAAAACGAUCUUUCGUCUAAACAUUGCAACCGCACAAUAUUCAAUUUACGUGUUGAGAAGAAAUUGACGGAUACAUCCCAGUGGAAAGACUCACGAAUAUGGAGCCUAGAGACGUGUACAACAAACCCAGCCUCUUCAAAACUGUCGGAGUUUUUCUAUCACUACUUGUUUACAUGUAUCUACUGUGCACUGUGUAUGAAUACACAUUGGCGAAUCAAGCUACACGGAAUCCUUCUGUUGGAACCAACUUCGGAAGAAGCAAGAAUCAUCACAAUGGAGGUGAAAACACAACUCUUAUUCAACGUUCAUCACUUCCACGGUACUAUAUUUCCUUUUCAUCGGAUAAUAACCCAUCGUCAAAGUUCUAUUCAGUCUGGAACGAAGAAACCGUACAAAGAAAUUCACCCGACAAAAGGAAAAUUGUUGUUUGGAACUCGACUCCAAAAUGGCCGCCGAAAAAUCCUUGUCCCGGCAUGCCUCAGUGUGUGUUCACCAAGGAUAGGGAACAAGUCAAAGAAGCAGAUGCAGUUCUCUUUCGAGGAAUCCAUGGUUUCCCUCUAGUCUACAAUAAAACGAAUUUCCCCAAAGUACGACCCAGACACCAAUACUGGAUAUACAUGCCGUAUGAAUGCCCACAUCUUACAAGAGACAUUGACUUGGCGUCUUACGGUGGCGUCUUUAAUUGGACUUUCACUUACAGAAACGAUUCUGAUAUCCUUGCCACGUGGGGCCAUAUAACCCAAACUUAUCAGGAACUAUCUGAAACCCCUCCUGAUCCAAACAAAGAUUACGCCAAACAGAAGACCGAACUUGUUCUUUGGUAUGUGAGCAACUGUUACAAACAUUUGUCAAGGUUUUCUUACGUAACUGAGUUGAAAAAACAUAUCAAAGUAGACAUUUUGGGGGCUUGUGGCAAUGAAAGCCAUUGUCCGAAAAAGGAUAGGCAGUGUUUCAUAGAGCACCUACACCAGUAUAAGUUCUAUCUAGCGUUUGAAAACUUCAUAUGCGUUGAAUACAUAACGGAAAAGUUCUGGGACAACUCUCUUAGAAAUGAAAUCGUUCCAAUCGUACUAGGUGCACCUAGAGAUGACUACGAAAGAUUUGCUCCACCGAAAUCUUUUAUCCAUGUUGACGACUUCAACUCACCCAAAGAGCUAGCAAACUACUUAAAAUAUCUCGAUCAAAACGACGACGAAUACAACCAGUAUUUUGCAUGGAAGACUCAACCUCCUAACAAUCUACCCGAGACUUUGGACGGGAGGUAUUGCGAAGUUUGUAAGAAACUUUUCAAGACGUCUCCUACGGAGAGAAAGGUGUAUAAUGACUUGGACAAAUGGUGGAGAGGCGAGAACUAUGAGUUUUGUGAGCCACUGAUAUACGACGGGAGUUACAAGCAUCCACGGAACGCAAUACAUUUCAACUAGUGGUACGGUGUACUGGUACAAAACUGGGUUUCUUUGUUGUACCGGUCCGGAAAAACCGGACGUAAAAAAUAAGAUGGACCGGAUGCAUAUGCUGGACUUAUUGGAAAAUAAUCAGAUUAUAUGAUUAUACAUCUCACACGUUUUGAGGCUUACCGGUCAAAGAAAAUAAUAAGAUUAAGAGCGAAAUAGAGACAAUAGUCAUUUCUACCAAGGUUUACAGUCAAUUGUACAGAGGUAGUUAGCCUUGAAGGAUUUUAAGAUACCACAAAAGAGUUUUUGUAGCGAAAUUGACCGCUGUUUUGAGCACCGUCCAUUCACAUACUGAAUCCGAUCCAGGAUGAGGUCCGGACCUGGACCUCAUCCCCUGGACCUGAACCAGACCUGGACCUUAAUUUUCUGUAGCGGUACCCACCUACCUCUGAUUUCAACUGAUGCAGUUGGGCCUUUGAUCGCAAGGAGUGUCAUGUAGGGCUGGGUACCGGUACAGAAAAUUCAGAUCCAGGUCCGGUUCAGGUCCAGAGGAUCAGGUCCAGGUCCGGACCUGAACCUGGACCUGAUUCAGUAUGACUCAUACCAAUGAUCCAUUUCACUACAAAGAAAUCUGUUUGGGGAGUAUUAGACUUACACUGGCGUUUUAAGAUAAUACAACGAUAACUGCACUGAUUGACUGUAAACUUUGGUAGAAAUUACUAUAAACUCUACUCUACUUCACUCUUGUCAUUUUCUUCCAACUGCAAGCGACAAAACGUGUGAAUGCCUGAUAAAAUGAUAUGUUAAUUUUCUAAUCGGUCCAACAUCCGGUCCACCUAA